AUGGGCAUCAGGAGACUCUAUUUUGCGUCCUGCCGACUCGAAUGGUUACAAACGGAGCCUGUUUGGCACUCUAGACAGACACCGUCCUCGUUGUUCAGCAAAGGCGGCAACCGAGAAGAUGCGGUUGACAAAGCGCAUUCGCCCAUCCCGCCACACCCCCUCGGGCUGGAUCCGUUCCGUCGGGCUGUUAAUGCCGCCUCGGCCAACCAGCCAACCGUCCGAGGCAAUAAAGGCGGUCAGGCAAGAGUCCGUUGGGAGUUCGGCCUCCAUUUGACGCCAGCUCACUCGGCCUCUCAGCCUCUCCGCCUCUUCGCCUUUCAGCGUGUCAGCCGCUCGACUCGUCUGCUCUGCUCUGCUUCGGACGCCGUCCAACAGCGAGCAGAUGACCCAACGCAUUUGCAAUCGGCCCCAAGGCCAAGAUUGCAGCCAGCUUGCCCCUCUCGAGCACCAACCAAUGCGUCAACUACACCUCAGCCCCUUUCAGCCCAUCCUCAUUCUCCAUCUCCUUCCGCUUCCGUUUCUGCUUCUUAUCCUUCUUCUCAUCCUCCUCCUCCUUCUUCUUCUUCUUUUCCUUCUUUUGCUAUCCAUUUUUUACUUCUUUUACUUUUCUAUUCUAUUCGUUCUUUCCUCUUUUUCUCAUUCUUCUCCUUUUCUUCUUCUAUUUAUGUUCUUUUUCUUCUUUUGCUUUUCUUCUUAUCUUCCUGA